GCCAAAAGGCUAGUUGUAAAAUAUAACCAUGCUUUAAGCAAUUGAUUUGUUAAUUAAUUUUCCCGCGCUCUGCGAAAUUGCUUUGUCUCCUCCCCACUAAAGAAAGUACACUGAUUUUAGUAAAAUAAAUAAAACUUUACGUAUUUUCUUUCUAUAUAUAGAAAUCAUCAUCAUCCCAAUUUCAAUAUCUCAAAACAAAUCUCCAUGAAAAUGGCUAUUCUACUCUGUUUCAUCUUCCUCUUCUUCUCCUCUGCUUCUGCUGCCUGUAAUCAAUGUGUUUUAUCAAAAGCUACUUUCUUUUCUAGCUCUGCAGGUCUUUCUGCUGGAUCUUGUGGGUAUGGUCCUGUUGCUCUGGACUACUAUGGUGGACAUGUUGCUGCUGCUAUUCCUUCUAUUUACUCUAAUGGUGAAAAAUGUGGUGCCUGCUUUCAGAUCAGAUGCAAGAACAGUGCUAUCUGCACUACGACAGGAACAACGAUAGUAGUGACUGAUACUCAUACUGAUAAGAGCAACACCACUGAUUUUGUGCUAAGUAGCAGAGCUUUUAGGGCCAUGGCUUUGCCUGGCAAGGACAAACAACUCUUACGCCUUGGGAUCGCGGAUGUCGAAUAUAGAAGGAUACCAUGUGAUUACAAAGGUAAAAACUUGGCGAUCCAAGUUGAAAAGUUCAGCAAAUUUCCUAACUAUUUGGCAAUCAAAGUCCUCUACCAAGGUGGUCAAACCUCUAUCUUAGGUGGCGACGUAGCCUCAGUUGAUCAUCCAAGUAACUGGGUGUACUUUAGCCGAAAUUAUGGGGCAGUCUUUGACACAAACAACGCUCCAAGCGGGAAGUUGAUGCUUAGAUUUAUAAUCAAUUCCGGCUUCGAUGCACAGUUUUUCUACGUUGAUGAAGGCUUACCGGCGAACUGGAGUCCUGGUGUCAUAUACAACACAAGUGUACAAAUCGAUAAUGUUGCUUUAGACGGUUGCACUCCUUGUAGACCAUGGAAACAAUUCGGGCGCGCUACGCUUAUCUCCUCUGAGUAAUGUUGUUGUGUGUCUAUAUGUAAUUUAUUUUUUGGUUGUUACUAAAGCUCAUAAUAUUGUAGCAAAAAAGCCCAAGGCAAAAGCUAUGGUGGCUCGGUUUCAUACUUUCAUAUAGUACUUGUACUCUGUAGUUGUUAUCUGAUUUUGUAUGUCUUUCAAUCUUUGAAUCUUAUUUACUCUUUUGAGU